UCAGCUAUUUUAACGAUAGUCAAAAUUGUAAACAGCCAGUUUAAGUUUGCAGCUUACUGAUCACUUUCCUCCAGUCCAGUGGAUUUAAACCAUUUUUAAAAUGGAUAGCGGAGACGGUGAGAUCAACGGCGCUAACCAAAAUGUGCAGCUAAGAUUUCGCCCGCUGCUCCAUUUAGUGGAGCGCUUUGAACAUUACGCUGCAGUAGGUCCAGAGAUGAGUUUGCUCCGGGAUACUAUCAUGCGUGGGUUGUUCAAUGAGUUCAGCCUGGAAACUGCGAUUGAAAUUUUUUAUAAUACUCUGGGGCUUGGAAAUAUUGAUGAUAUUGCACGAGUGGACCUAGCUCUGCAAGCAGCUGGCAUAGGAUUAAAUCCAGCAGUAGGAGCAGAAGGUCCCUGGGACAAUGAAGCACUACCUGUUCCAGCAGCUGACAUGGAAAACAACCUGGCCGGUUUAGCUGAAGAUCACUGGGACCAUCAAGGUCUUCAUCUACCGGCAGUAAAUGUGGACAUUAAUCUGCCCCGGGAAGAAGAUCAGUUUGCUGAUGACAUGUGGUGGGUCUGGGAAAGUGACAUUGAUUCUGGCGCUGAAAAUGAAAGCGACCUUGAAAGCGAAUCUGAGGAUGAGGUCCCAGAGUUAAUACCUGUCAUCCCAGAACCUCAAGAAUCCGGGAGCCCUCCAAGAGAGGGAGCUGAUGAAAGCGAUCUCUUUGGCUCCAGGAGGCGCCAAAGAGAGGAAAAUAAUAAUGGCGACAGUAACGAGAUGAACAGGAAGCGAUUGAGGAGCCUCAACUCAGGCAACGAACCGUCAGACACCACCUCCGAAAGUGAGGAUAAUGAAAAUGAAGACACGGUGUCAUCACCCUCUACUUCAGCUGACACAGAAGCAGGACAGAAGAAGAGAAAACGGGAUGAUGAUGAUGAGGACAAUGGAAGAGACAAAAAAAUGUGUAAAAAGUAACAAAAUUGUGCUGCUGGACCCUCAGGAUUGACCCCCCGACCCCUCUCACCCUCCUAUGUGGUGUGUUUGUGUGUGUGCACCAUCAGAGACUGUGACUUUGAGAAUCUGGAAGUGCCUGGUGGCAUCUUUAUCUGUCCUCCUUGUUGUUUACAAGGAGAGUUAUUUAUAAACUCUGUUCCUCAAAAGCUGGCAACAUUAGAGACUGCUACUCACUCCAGGG